AUGUUUCCUCUUCCCGUUACGAACUGGACCGUAGUUCACGCUGCAUUGCUCAUUUCAAUCGUGCUCGUAUACCGCAGGCUUUUUGUACGACGGAAAUCUCCUCUUGAUCCGUUGCCUUAUCCAGACGAAGAACCAGAGUGGAUAUGGGGCCACGAAAAACGGGUUUAUGACAGCCCUCCAGGGCAAGCGUAUUUACGGUGGAUGAAGAGCGUUGGGCAUACUUAUCGCAUUUGUGCUGCCCUUGGUGCCCCGGACGUUCUGGUUCUUGGUGAUACGCUCGCCAUUUCUUAUAUUCUACAAGAGAAAAUUUACGACUACCGGCUCAAACCGUUAAAGACAUGGAAGGCGAAAUAUUUCAAGCAAUGUCUACGGCUAGUCUUAAUAGUCUUAGAUGAUCUAUCACAAGCAGUCGAGGACUCGGAUGGUGAAAUGGGCGUAAACAUAUUGUCAUGGACGAAUCGAAUGACCUUGAAUGCAAUCGGACGCGUCCGUGAUUCCCAGGCAUUCUUGUACGAUUUCGAAUCCGGGAAGAGUCGCGAGGCACAGCUUAUACUGGACACAAGGCGCAGGUCGCUGACCGGUAUUGCUCGAUACGCAUCGUUCUUAACCCUCAUGAUGCUCAGGCGGUUCCCUGCCCUCAAUAGCCUUCCUGUACCCGCCCUUCAGGCGCAAAGCCUAGUUACGGCAACCAUAAAGUCUGUCGUAGCCAAGGAGAUCAUAGCGAGAAGUUCUUCAGCAUCUGAUCUCCGAACUCGAGGCAAGGACCUGCUAAGCCGACUCUUGGUAGCUCAUGAUGAGCAGCACCUUUCAGUCGAGGAGAUGUACGAGCACAUAUCAACGUUCUUAGUUUCUGGACAGGAAACUACGAGCCAAACCGUCGCGUUCUCCAUCUACGAGCUUUCGCGUCACCCAGAGAUCCAGCAGCGUCUAAGAGAAGAAUUGGACACGUCUUACCCGUCUUCCACAGGGAUGUCGCAGUCGCAGCAAUCUUAUCUGCAUGCCGUGCUUAAGGAAACACUAAGGAUGUAUCCCGCUCUUCUGUACAUGGAACGUGUUGCCACCAAAUCUGAUAGAAUUCCGCUUCAGACUCACAUCAGUCACGGUAAAGACCAGCCGCUACAGGACAUUCAUGUUGAAAAGGGCCAGACCGUCAUCAUCCCAAUUAUAUCUCUCCACCGCUCCGACGCUAUCUGGGGCGAUGGAAAUGUCUUUCGUCCCGAGCGAUGGCUUGGGACUUUACCUGAUGAGGCGCUGCGUCUUCCAGGAUGGUCUAACUUGCUUUCAUUCAGUGAUGGGCCCCGAUCAUGCCCUGGGAUGCGAAUGGCUCAUAUUGGGCUCUCUGGUCAAGAAAUAUCGCAUAGAAAGCAAGAACUCAGAGAUAGUUCUCAGGAUUUCAUCCAGUUUGCAGCCUUGGGUGAUAGAUGA